AUGGCUUCUUCUGGAUGCGAACACACAUUGGUCAUCCUCAAGCCUGACGCGGUUAAGCGCGGACUAAUCGGCUGCAUUCUUCAAAGGUUUGAGCAAAGAGGCUUCAAGAUUGCUGCUGCUAAGCUGAUGGUUGCGACUGACGAACUGCUUGAAAAACACUAUCAUGAACAUACUUCAAAGUCUUUUUACCCUGGGCUUGCCAGAUUUAUGAAGAGUGGGCCAGUCAUGGCGUUGGUUUUACAAGGAACGUCUGUUGUAAGUGUCACUAGGGCUAUGAUGGGGCAAACCAACCCAGCAACAUCGGCGCCUGGAACGAUCCGCGGGGAUUUUGCGAUUGAAACGGAUUCAAAUGUUAUCCAUGGCUCUGAUUCGCUCAAAAGUGCAGAGUAUGAAAUUGGGCUGUGGUUCCCUGAGCUGAAAAAGCCAGAGACCCCGCAUGAUUUCUUAUAA